CCGCCUCAUUUCCGGUGCUCUCUCGCUGGGUCGCUCGGGUCGGCUUCGGUCGCCGUCGCUCCCGCUCUUCCACCCCCGCCAACCGCCGCUCGGGCCUAGGCUGCCGUCGCGUCGCUUCCUCGCUCGCUCGCUACACAUCCUCCCCGAUGCAGCGCCGGGACGACCCUGCCGCGCGCCUGACUCGGUCCUCAGGCCGCAGCGGCUCCAUGGACCCUUCAGGUGUCCACCCCUCGGUGCGUCAGACCCCGACUCGGCCGUCACCGCUGCCACACCGGUCCCGGGGAGGCGGAGGUGGGCCUAGAGGGGGCGUACGGGCCUCGCCCGCCACGCAGCCGCCACCGCUGCUGCCUCCCUCGGCCACGGGUCCCGACGCGACUGUCGUGGGUUCCGCGCCGACCCCGCUGCUGCCCCCGUCAGCCACAGCCGCGGCCAAGAUGGAGCCGGAGAAUAAGUACCUGCCCGAACUCAUGGCAGAGAAGGACUCCCUCGACCCGUCUUUCACUCACGCCAUGCAGCUCUUGUCCGUAGAAAUUGAGAAGAUUCAGAAGGGAGAGUCAAAAAAAGACGAUGAGGAGAAUUACUUGGAUUUGUUUUCUCAUAAGAACAUGAAACUGAAAGAACGGGUACUGAUACCUGUCAAGCAGUAUCCAAAGUUCAAUUUUGUGGGGAAGAUUCUUGGACCACAAGGAAAUACAAUCAAAAGACUUCAAGAAGAGACUGGUGCGAAGAUCUCUGUCUUGGGAAAGGGUUCAAUGAGAGACAAAGCUAAGGAGGAAGAGCUUCGCAAGGGUGGAGACCCCAAAUAUGCCCAUUUAAAUAUGGAUCUGCAUGUCUUCAUUGAAGUCUUUGGACCCCCGUGUGAGGCUUAUGCUCUUAUGGCCCAUGCCAUGGAAGAAGUCAAGAAAUUUCUAGUACCAGAUAUGAUGGAUGAUAUCUGUCAGGAGCAGUUUCUAGAAUUGUCCUACUUGAAUGGAGUUCCUGAACCCUCUCGUGGUCGUGGGGUACCAGUGAGAGGACGAGGAGCUGCCCCGCCUCCUCCACCUGUUCCCAGAGGCCGUGGUGUUGGACCACCUCGAGGGGCUUUGGUUCGUGGGACCCCAGUAAGAGGUUCCAUUACCAGAGGUGCCACUGUGACUCGAGGAGUGCCACCCCCACCCACUGUGAGAGGUGCCCCAACACCAAGAGCUAGGACAGCAGGCAUCCAGAGAAUACCUUUACCUCCACCACCUGCACCAGAAACUUAUGAAGACUAUGGAUAUGAUGAUACAUAUGCAGAACAGAGUUAUGAAGGAUAUGAAGGCUAUUACAGCCAGAGCCAAGGGGAGUCAGAAUAUUAUGACUAUGGACAUGGGGAGGUUCAAGAUUCUUAUGAAGCUUAUGGACAAGAUGACUGGAAUGGGACCAGGCCAUCACUGAAGGCCCCCCCAGCUAGGCCAGUGAAGGGAUCAUACAGAGAGCACCCAUAUGGACGUUAUUAAAAACAAACAGGAGGGGAAAAUAUCAGUUAUGAGCAAAGUUGUUACUGAUUUCUUGUAUCCCAGGAUUCCUGUUGCUUUACCCACAACAGACAAGUAAUUGUCUAAGUGUUUUUCUUCGUGGUCCCUUUCUUUUCCCCACCUUCCUCCAUUCUUAACUCUGCAUUCUGGCUUCUGUAUGUAGUAUUUUAAAAUGAGUUAAAAUAGAUUUAGGAUAUUGAAUUAAUUUUUUUAAGUGUGUAGAUGCUUUUUUCUUUGUUGUUUAAAUAUAAACAGUGUACCUUUUAUAAUAAAAAAAGAAGUUGAGUAAAAAAAAAACACAAACAUGUUAGUUUCAAAAGUGACAUUGCUUGCUUAAAGGUUCUGAAGUAAAGGCUUGUUAACUUUUUCUUAGUUUUGAUUUGAGGCACCCCGUAAAGUCAUAGUUGCAGAAUCCCAAACUAGGCUACAUUUCAAAAUUCAGGGCUGCUUAAGAUGUAAAAUCACAAUGUUAACGGCAGUAGGCACCACCAUGUAAAAGUGAGCUCAGACGUCUCUAAAACAUUUCCUUUAAAAGCACAUGGCGGUUGAAUCUUAAGGUUAAAUUUUAAUACGAAAGAUCCUCAUGAAAUAAAUAGUUGAUGCAAUUUUUAACGUUAAUUGACUUAAAACAACAACAAAAUUAGGUUUGUAAAACUGACUUUUUCUUUACGUGGGUUUUGAAAUCUAGCCCCAGACAUACAGUGUUGAGAGAUACUUAGUGGGGGGAGGGGUAGAUAGAGAUUGACUAAGAAUGAUGGGGGAGAGGAGCUGGCCACCUAAAUGGAAUUUGAUGGAGUACUUUUUAGCCGCAAUCUUUUCAGUAAUAGUACUGAUAAUCAAAUUUUCAGUAUUUAAGAUGUCAGAGUAUUUUGUCCAUUUGAGAGUCUGCACUCCAUGAAAAACUCACUUGGACACUGGGGCCAAAAGCUGAUGAUGUUCAUUAAAUUGACCGUUGUCAAUUUUGAGCUGUUCCCAAGGUAGUCAAGUAUGUCUCAACACUAGCAUGAUAUAAAAAGGGACACUGCAGCUGAAUGAAAAAGGAAUCAAAAUCCACUUUGUACAUAAGUUAAAGUCCUAAUGGAUUUGUACCGUCCUCCCAUUUUGUUCUCGGAAGAUUAAAUGAUACAUGUGUUAAGUCUGCCUAAAUAGGUAGCUUAAACUUAUGUCAAAAUGUCUGCAGCAGUUUGUCAAUAAAGUUUAGUCCUUUUUUAAUCAAA